CAGGCUGUAGGUGGUUCGGCCCAUCGGAGACAAAAGUCUGAAUACUGGUUUGUGGACCAAUCGCAGCCACAAUGAAUGAGAGGCAGGCUCUCCACUCCAUUAUGAAGGACCUGGUCGCCCUCCAGAUGACGCGCCGCCAGCCGGUGUUUUCUUACGACGGCGGCGGCAAACCAAAGACAGCGGCACAGGCUAACAGAAAGGAUGAUGUCAGGAUAAAGUUUGAGUACACGGGAGAGAGGAGAAUCCUGAUGUUUGGAAGGCCCGUGCGGUUUGAGGAGGUUCAGCAGAAAGUCGAGGGUGUGUUUGGGCUGCAGUUGGACCUCCAUUAUUUAAACAACGAGAUGUCCAUUCCUCUGAGGGGUCAGGAUGACCUGGACAAGGCAGUAGACCUGCUCGACAGAAGCUCCAACAUGAAGAGCAUCAGGAUACUUCUUCUCACGCCGGAGCACAGCAAUGCCUCCUCCCACUCUCAUCAUGUACCAUGUAAGCAGGUGAGGAUCAAGUCUUCCCAGUCCACUGGAGACGUUAGCUCGGUCUUCCAGUCCCCCGAGCCCAGGGGGCGCCACCUAUCAACAGGAUCUCAGAGCACAGGACGAAGUUCGCCGCCUCCCGGCUACGUGCCUGAGCGCCAGCAGAGGAUUGCCCGCCAAGGUUCAUACACCAGCAUCAACAGUGAGGGCGAGUUCAUCCCAGAGACCAGCGAUCAGUGCGUUCUGGAUCUCUGGAGCAGUGCAGAUAAUUCAGUUUCUGGAAGCUGUCAGUCUCUGGACAGCACCUCAGACAGCCCCUCAUUGAGGAAGUCCCGGAUGCACAGAGCAAAGAGUUACCCGGAUAACCGUCAAGAGUUCUCAGACAGAGAGAAUCACGUUUAUGACAGGAUAGCAGGGAAAGGAGGCACCUAUCCUCGUAGGUACCAUGUUUCCCUGCACUACAAGGACCACAGUGAAGGUCGUCGGACAUUUCCGCGCAUCCGUCGCCCCCAGGGGAACCUCUUCACUCUGGUGCCUUCGAGGCGUUUGCUGAACGGCAGCGAGGAGAGUCUGGGCAGCUGGCAGCUGGUCGACACACAAGGCCGGCUGCGUCCGCUCGACCGUUCUGUCCCCCACAAGUCGCCCAGUGCUCCGGUGACCUGGCGCCGCGGGAAACUUUUAGGUCAGGGAGCAUUUGGCCGGGUGUACCUGUGUUACGACGUCGACACCGGGAGAGAACUGGCUGCCAAGCAGGUCCACUUCGAUCUCGAAAGCCCUGAGACCAGCAAGGAGGUUAGUGCUUUGGAAUGUGAAAUCCAGCUCCUGAAAAAUCUGCACCAUGAGCGCAUUGUUCAGUACUACGGCUGUUUGAGGGACCACAGUGAGAAGACCCUCACCAUCUUCAUGGAGUACAUGCCAGGGGGUUCCGUCAAAGAUCAACUGAAGGCCUAUGGAGCCCUGACGGAAAAUGUGACCCGGAAGUACACGAGACAGAUCCUGGAGGGGAUGUCCUAUCUGCACAGCAACAUGAUCGUGCACAGAGACAUCAAAGGUGCCAACAUCCUGCGGGACUCGGAGGGAAACGUGAAGCUUGGAGAUUUUGGUGCCAGUAAGAGGCUUCAGACCAUCUGCAUGUCUGGAACUGGGGUCCGCUCCGUGACCGGCACCCCCUACUGGAUGAGUCCAGAGGUGAUCAGUGGAGAAGGCUACGGCAGGAAGGCUGAUGUCUGGAGCCUUGGCUGUACGGUCGUCGAGAUGCUCACAGAGAAACCCCCGUGGGCCGAGUUCGAGGCCAUGGCCGCCAUCUUCAAGAUCGCCACCCAGCCCACCAAUCCGCUGCUUCCGUCGCGCGCCUCUGAGCAGGCGCGGGACUUCGUCCGCUGCAUUUUUGUAGAGGCCAAACGCAGACCCAGUGCGGAGGAGCUGCUCAGACACCCCUUCUCUCAGAUCCUGUGCUGCGACUCGUUUGAGUCCUGA